UGAAACCCUAACGGGCCUUGGUUGAAGCUCGGACGGCUGUUCAUCAAGUAACGAUUCAUUCAAUCAGACCGCACUCUUCCAUUCAUAGACGCUGGGAAGUCCGGCCUCCUCGAUCGCAGCCUUCACUUCACCGGAAUCUCUACUGCUGUUAUCGGCUAUCAGCGGAGCCCUAACUCAGCAAACCGCUUCUUCCAAGCUCCGGCAAUACUGGUCAUCCUCUCUCCUUGACCUAUUAUUAUUCAAAAAAAGUAAGUAGUGAUUGAAUUGUAAUCCAAUCAUCAUUGUUCAAGAGAUGUCGUCACUAAGGAAUGCUAUUCAUAGACGGGAACACAAGGAGCGAUCUCAACCAUCAUCAAGAAAGAAAUUUGGACUUCUCGAGAAGCAUAAGGACUAUGUAGUUCGUGCAAAGGCAUUUCACAAGAAAGAAGAUGCUCUGCAGAAACUCAGAGAAAAGGCUGCGUCUAGAAAUCCAGAUGAAUUCUACUUCAAGAUGGUCAAUACAAAAACUGUUAAUGGAAGUCAUAGAAAAGAGAGUGAGGCGAAUAAAUAUACUCAAGAUCAACUGAUGUUGAUGAAGACCCAAGAUUUAGGUUAUAUUAUGCAGAAACUUCAAAGCGAGAAAAAGAAAGUUGAGAAGCUCACAGCAGUCUUGCAAUCCAUUGACAAUGAUCAUUCGGGCAAACAUGUCUACUAUGCUGAAGACAGGGAUGAGGCCAAAGAAAUGCAAUCGCAAACAUCAGAAAGUCGAAAAGUGCCUGGUUUGGACAAAUUGCCUAAUCACAUUAAAAAAAGAACAGCUGGGUCAUACAAACAACUUGAAAAACAUAAAAGCUUGGUGACUCAAUUGGAGACUGUAUAUACUGAGAUGUCCAUGAAGCAAGAACUACAGAAAAAGGGGCGUAAACGAAAGUUACGAGAAGAUGAGAUUGUAUGUCCUACUGAAAAACCAGUUUACAAGUGGCGUGCAGAACGCAAGCGAUGAAAUUUCAUAUUUCAUGGAUGUGUUGUCUUCUCGAUAUUACUAACAGUAAAAAUAUUUUGUCAACUUUGUUUGUAUUUUUGUACGUUUAGCCCAAAACAAAGGAAGUCUUAUUUUUCGCACAUUUGAUUAUCGGGAUUAUUGCUCUGCUUGUUUGUGUUAUGACAAGUGAAUUUUUCUUGCUUUUUA